AUGACCGCUUUGUGCUUGAACUCACUGAAUAUGUCGUCGAGCCUGCCGCAGUUCAGGGUGGAGAGCCGCGGCCGGCGCGCGCGCAUCUCCGGCGCCUGGCUGGACAGCCAGCGCGGCGCGGCGCCAGGCGCGCCGCGCCGCGGGGCGGCCCGGGGCAGGGCGGCGGCGGUGUUCGAGCAGUGGCCGAGCGUCCUUGCUUGCCUGCAGGUGCACAAGGGGCCCGCGGCGUGGUCUGGCGAGCCGCCGCGCAGGGGGCUGGCGGGGGAGGUGGAGCUGGCGUGCCGAGGCGCUGGCGCGGGCAGCCCCGCCGGGGCCGCCGCGCACGGCCGCGUGGAGAGGCCCGUGGCCCUGUCGCUGGACGCGGCGUGCCUGGGAGCAGGCGGUGCGCCGGACUGGGGCCCGAGGCUGUGGGACUGCAUGCUGCUGGCGACUACGCGAGGGCGUGUGGUGCGCCUCCGACAGCGCCCCAGCGGCGACGGGGCGGAGGCGGAGCUGGUGCCCGCCGAGGUGGUUCACGAGGCGGCCGGCGCGGAUGCGGCGCCGUGGACGCGCGGCCAGGCCCGCUCCCUGGGCCGCCAGCGCACGGGCCUGCUGCAGGCCGACGACCGGUCCGUCGCCGUGCUCGAGCCCGGGAGCGGGGCGCCCGCAGGCUGGCUGACGAUGCCGUCGUCGGCGGGGAGGCUGGCCGCGUUCUGCUCCACGGGUGGCGACGUAUCCAGUCCGCUUGGCGGGGCCCGUGCCGCGGCUCUGGCGGGCGUCGCUGCCGCCGCCGCGCGGCAGCCCGCGCGGCAGCGGCCGCCUGCGAG